CGGUGUGACGUCGACGGAAUUUGUUUGUGGGGGCUUCAUCAUAACAGAGACGACAGGCCAGGAAGAAGCUGCUCACUACUAUUUGUUUACGAGGCGACAACCUAAAACAACACAGUGUAUUGCCGCCGCCUGUAGCUCACUAUGGCCCAGAACCAGGUGAUCCUGCAGUUUCACUUUGCCACGUUUGGCGACUCCAUGCUACAGAAGAUGAACCUCCUUCGACACCAGCAACGCUUCUGUGACGUCACUGUACGCAUCAACCAGCUUACAGUUCCCGGUCAUAAAGUGGUUUUUGCCGCUGGUUCAUCUUUCCUUCGAGACCAAUUCAUCCUUCAGCAGGACUCCAAUGAAGUGCAGAUCUCCAUGAUUCAGGAGGCAAAGGUUGGUCAGCAGCUGCUGCUGUCCUGCUACACGGGCCAACUUGAGUUUCCUGAACUAGAGCUGGUGAAUUACCUGACAGUGGCCAGCUUCCUCCAAAUGGGCCACAUUGUUGAGCAGUGUACUCAAGCACUAAAUAAAUUCAUCAAGCCACAAACUUCCCACAGGCUGGAAGAUAGUGAGAUAAGAAGGACAAGCAGGGAGCAAGCUUUGAAAGAACAAGAAAACUGCCCGGUGCAGACUGUCCACAAGGCGGAGCUCUUAGAGGAUGAUAUCAGUACCGAUGAUGACGACGAUGAUGAAGAGGAUGUCAUUAUACAACCCAAAUCCCCUCCUCUGAUUUCGGACGCACCGCCCAGGUGUGAUGUGGAAGAGAGUGACAUAAGCAUAGUCAAGGUGGAGUCUAUGGAGCCUACCUUUCCCAGCAGCUCUCCAGCUGCCCUGCGCUCACCCGAGCCCCAACAUUCCCUCAUCAAUUCCACAGUAGACAGUCGAGGGAGCGAAAUGAUGGCGCCCCCUAGCUUGCCAGAUGACCCCUCCAGUCCCUCUUCGCCUUCCAAUCCUGCAGAUAGACCCGGCGUUCACCAGAGGAGUUAUGACAAACCCCUCCAGUGGUACCACCAGUGUCCCAAAUGCAGCCGCGUCUUCCGGCAGCUGGAAAAAUAUGCCAACCACCUGAAGAUGCACAAGCUCUUUAUGUGCCUGCUGUGUGGCAAGACCUUCACGCAGAAGGGCAACCUGCAUCGACACAUGCGCGUCCACGCGGGCAUCAAACCCUUCCAGUGUAAGAUCUGUGGGAAGACCUUCACGCAAAAGUGCUCUUUACUGGAUCACCUGAAUCUGCACAGCGGGGACAAGCCUCACCGCUGUAACUACUGUGACAUGAUGUUCGCUCACAAGCCUGUUCUCCGCAAGCACCUCAAACAGAUCCACGGCAAGAACAGCUUUGACAAUGCGCACGAAGGUAACCUGCACGACGGUGGGCCUGAGGAGAAUUACACCACCGCGCCCUUUUUCAUUCACUCGAACAAUUAUAAGACCUAAAGGAAGCAUACUAUGGAAAAUUGACUUUUUAAUGUUUCUACACACAUACAGUGCCUAGCGAAAGUAUUCGGCCCCCUUGAACCUUUCAACAUUUCGCGACAUUUCAGGCUUCAAACAAAGAUAUAAAAGUUAAAUUUUUUGUCAAGAAUCGAAUUGACAAAAAAAUAAAAUUUCCUUUAUGUUUGAAGCCUGAAACGUGGCGAAAUGUUGAAAGGUUCAAGGGGGCCGAAUACUUUCGCAAGGCACGGUAGUUGAUGCCUGUCCAUCCAUCAAGUGCGAAAUUAAACAACCAAGUCAAAUUGUAUAUUUUUUUUUUUUGCCAAAUUCUAAAAAUGUGUCUUUUAGCAACCUCUUGUGCACUUCUGCCGCUCUGUUAUAAAACAGGGGUGCUAAUAAUAACCAACCAAGUCAAGGCUGGCUGACAUUCCAGAAAGAACAAACCACUUUGACGUGGCACCAAUCAUCUCAAAGCCGACACAAAAGCAGACCUGUAGUAUAAGCGCGGAUUAGUAUUCACUAAUAUUGUCUCCCCAGUAUUGGCUGAAAAGUUAGUGAUGUGAUGUGAGAUGUGAGGUAUUUGUGUUUGACAAUGUCAGGUGCUACCUUGCUACAUUAACUGUUAAGAUGAUGAAAUGCUGCCUCCAUAAAUGACCAUGCAAUGGAAUCUCUCAAGCUGAGCCGUGAUUGGUCCUUACCUUCCUGAGAAACUAUGAUAGCUUCUGUAAACAGCAACUGGCAAAAUGGCCGUGCUCAUAGAUGGAUAUAACUAAUGGAUUUUGCUGCUUAAUUGAAGUCCCAUAAACAAUAUUAAUCAGAAUGCAGUGUUUAGACUGGUGAGGCUUACAGAACAGCAUUAUUGUCAAGCAAUUUUUUGAGUUGACUCCCAUUUUAAGAAAGAAUUUGAGGAAGGAAUUGAAAAGCAAUCUUGUGUUGCAUGCAUGAAAUCUGCAAGUUAAAAUAAAAGAAUUGGGUAAUAAUUAAAGUACGAAAACAAUUUGUAAAGAUGAAGUGACCAAUGAAGAGAAUUUGUUUUCUGCUGGUUAAGUUUCUCUGCCACCUAUCAACUCUGCAUUUGUACAUCUACCACCAUUUUGGACAGCUGUAUACUAAUAAACUCAAAACACAUUCAAAAUGCAUUUGUAUUCACCCAAUGUGCAUUGGAUCAUGUAACACUACUUUCCAAAAAAAAAAAAAAAAAGACAGCUGAUGCGAAAUGUUGGUCAUGUUUCAAAACUUGUAUUAUUGCACUUAAAGUAGCAGGUACGCUUUGCACAUUAUAAAUAUUCAUGGUAUUAUUAUUUUCCCUGCCGUUUCACUUCUUAAUAUCUGAAGGGGGAGGCAGUUACUUCUGUGACGAUCUUAAGAAUUACAUAUCGUUUUAAUUAUGGUUAUCAUCCGUUACCCUCUU